CUGCAGUCCAAACUUGCAUCGCAUCGCAUCGCGUACCUCGUGUCCGCCCGCGUGCCGUCAAAGUGCGCUUCUGCAUGACACAUCCAUGAGCAUAUCGGAUUAUCUGCAGAUCGCCCCGUCCGCCGCACGAUGCCCUGCUACAUGCGGCAGGACCGCUCCAGCGUCCCCGUGCCCCCGCAGAGUUUCGAGAUGGUCAGCCGCGCGUUAUGGCAGGUGCGGCCGCGAUCCUUGGGCGAGAGCCUUCGUCCGCUACGUAUGCGUAUGAAAAAGAAGAGAAAUCCGAUCGUGAUGGAUCGCCCGCCACGUUUCUUCUCGCUGUGAAGGGUCCAGCCUUCGGGCGG